AUGAGUAGUACGAUAUUUUAUAGGUUCAAAUCACAAAAGGAUACAUCAAGGAUAUUGUUCGACGGUACAGGGUUGACAGUAUUUGAUUUAAAGAGGGAAAUUAUACUAAAUAAUAAGUUAGGUGAUGGUGCAGAUUUCCAGCUCCGUUUGUAUAGUAUUGACACAGGCGAAGAAUACGAAGAGGACCAGGUGGUCAUACCAAGAUCUUCUACUGUUAUCGUGAGAAGAUCACCAGCCUAUAGACCUGUAGGUAUGGGAUCUUUACUUAAUGGUAAUGCAAGAACUACAACUAUAAACAGUAGCAGUAGUAACACUAUAGUAAAUGCUACGAGGUAUGUUACUGGGAGACCACGUGUUACUAAAAAGAAACCAACAAUGACAGCAAUAACAACAGCAGCAGCAGCUACCGCAGCGAUAUCAAAUGGAUCAAAUCCACUCGUCUCUAACAAUUUCGCUUUAUCGUCAUCCCCUCUAAUAAUGGGUAACCAUGUAAAUAAUAGGGUUGAUACAGGUAUAACAGAAGAAGAAAGAAUAGCAAGAAUGUUUGCUACACAGGCGAAUGAGUGGGAAAAGACACAGGAAGAAAUGUCAUCCAUAACACCGGUUAUAGUUAGAAAUAAUAAUAAUAGUGGCCAAAGGGGACAUGAUGAAGGACCACCACCGGCAGGUUAUAUGUGUUAUAGAUGUGGAUCACGUAAUCAUUGGAUUAAAAACUGUCCAACAAACAAUGAUCCAAAUUUUGAAGGCAAAAGAAUUAAAAGGACGACAGGUAUCCCUAAGAAAUUUUUACAAAAUGUGGAGAUUGAUGUCCAAAAUAUGACACCAGAAGAAAUGUUGCAACGUAAGAUUAUGAUCACGGAUGAUGGUAAAUUUGUUGUGCAGGUUGAAGAUAAGCAAUCAUGGGAUGAAUAUCAAAGAAGACAGGAACAAAAACAGUUGAAAUUUAUUGGUAAUAAUGAUAAAGAUAUUAGAUGGAGACCCAAUUAUUACCCCUCUUUACCAAACGACUUAAAAUGUCCAAUAACUGGUGGGAUCUUAAAGGAUGCAGUGAAAACGAGUAAUUGUUGUAAUAAAAUUUUCUCCAAGAAUGCAUUAGAAGAUUUAUUGUUAGAUAAUGAUUUUGUAUGUCCAUCGUGUGGUCACGAGGAAAUCUUGUUAGAUUCAUUAAUACCAGAAGAAGCAAUAAGAGAAAGAGUUAAACAAUAUAUGGAAGAACAUGAUAAUGAUAAGAAUAUGAAUAAUACUAAUAAUAAGAGUGUUGACAUGAAUAAGAAUAUUAAAGUAGAGAACCAGGGAGAAAAUAAAGGGGUUAUUGAUGUAGUAAAGAAGGGUGUUAAACAAGAUAAUAAUAAUAAUAAUAAUAAUAAUAAUAAUAAUAAUAAUAAUAAUAAUAAUAAUAAUAAUAAUAAUGAGAAUAAGGAUCAGGAUGAUAAUGAGGAUCAUAGUACAGUAAAAUCAAAAAAGAUUAAACUUUCAACAAAUGAAUCAAAUAAUAGUGACAAUAGUAAUAGUAAUAGUAAUAGUAAUAGUAAUAGUAUAUCCACUCUGCCUCCUCCUCCUCCUUCAGCACCAUUACCAUUUGUUCCAAUGCCAUUUGUUCCGAUGUUCGCACCAUUUAUUCCAACACCACCUUUACCAACAACAAAUACAAGUACUAAUACCAGUACUAAUGCAAAUACAAAUACAAAUAUAGCAAGUAAUAAUAUUAAUACAAGUAAGUCUUAA